AUGUGGAAUCUUGAUCGUGAUUGGUACUCUCCAAAACACCUUCUCAGCCCUCCCACCCUUUAUGAUUUCCCAGGUGAUCGGUUCAUUCCCAAUAGGAGUUUGAUGGAUCUUGAUCAAGCCACCAGUUUGCUAACUAACAAGACCAAAAAAUUUCACAAUAAAAAUUUCAAUGAAGCAUAUAGACAGAAACUGGAUGACAAACUGAAUUUGGAUUCAGAAGGGAGACCGUUUCGGAUGUUGGUAUUUAGGGGAAGUCCAAAAUCAAGUAAAAAGUCUAUUCGUUAUAUUGAUCAGCUGCGAGAAGAAGAUGCUGCAGCACUUCAAAACAGUUCCAAUCAACGUAUCCAUCGAAGGCUGCCUAAGAAGGAAUCAAGGGUAUUGGAUGCACCAAAGAUAAAAAAUGAUUACUACACAAACCUUGUGGAUUGGGGAAAAAACAGCAUUCUAGCUGUUGCUUUGGGACCAGAAAUUUACUUUUGGAACUCAGUUACUACUGAUGUAUCUAGGUUGUUUAAAGUCAAUGGCAAUAAUUAUCCAACAAGUGUUUCCUGGUCUGAGGAUGCAAAAUAUGUGGCAACAGGAUUUGUGCACUCUCAACUUCAAAUCUGGGAUGCCGAGACUUCCAAGCUAGUAAGAAAUCUUGAAGGUCAUGCUCAAAGGAUAGCAACUCUAGCAUGGAAUAAUAAUCGUAUUUUAACUUCCGGAGGCCACGACAAAUCUAUAAUCAACCAUGAUGUAAGAGCAAGAAGAAAUGAGGUUUUGAGGAUAAAAACACACAGAGCAGAAAUCUGCGGUUUAAAAUGGUCGAAAAGGGGCAAUUUAUUGGCUAGUGGUGGCAAUGAAAAUCAUGUUUAUGUAUGGGACUCGAAUAAAAUGAACUCGUCAAAUUUCUUGCAUUGUUUUAAAGAGCAUACUGCGGCAGUCAAAGCUCUCGAUUGGUGCCCUUAUGAUUCAGAUGUGCUUGCUUCUGGAGGCGGAACAGAUGAUAGAUGUAUUAAGUUGUGGAAUGUACAAAGAGGAACCAACAUUUGCAGCAUAGAUACCAAAGCUCAGGUUUGUGGAUUACAAUGGAAUAGACAUUACAAAGAGAUAUUAAGUGGUCAUGGCUUUAGUACAAGUCCAGAACACAACCAACUGUGUUUGUGGCAAUAUCCAUCCAUGACUAAAGUUGGAGGCUUGGACCCUCAUACUUCUAGAGUCCUCCAUCUUUCUCAGAGUCCAGAUGGGUUAACAGUGGUUUCAGCCGGAGGAGAUGAGACUCUUCGCUUUUGGGAUAUUUUUGGACCAGCUGUUAAUGAUACAAGAGAGUCAUCGGUUCUGGGUAACCUAUUGUCGAUGAAGGCGUCACAAAUAAGAUAA